AUGGAUCUUCACUCCAGCUUUUAUGACUUCUGCGUUGGAAAGAGGUCCUUGCAUUUCGCCAUCGCAGACGGAGCGGAGCUUAGGACCAAUCUCAUCUUGGAUACCACUGGAACCUUGGGUGCAAUGGAGCCGAAUGAUAUACUGCCAGUCCGCACUGGCCAGCCGCCCUUACACGGUCCAGGGGCAUUGGUUCCAAGUACAGACAAUGCCUGUCAAAACCUCAUGCCAAAACCGAUGAAGCUACCGAUCUUAAGUUCCCAGGUUGGCCUUUACGUUCCGAGCCCUCGUUCUUCUUCAAUGCUGUAUCUUAACGGACCAUCGCAGAGUAAACGACGUUUAGGAUACUUCGCUGACCCCGACUCUCCGAGUCAGAUGGGCAUGAUUUCAUUUCUGCAACUCCCGUUUGGCCCGGUAACUGCCGUUGACGAAGAGAUAUAUUUCUAUACGAAGACAUACUAUCAAGGACCGUCGAUGAACAAGAGAAGCAAAUGUUGCCCAGGAGUUGGCGCUUGGGAGAAUACCUGGGCCGUAAACUUAAGCGCUACUCGAGAUCAACGUCGCUUCAUCACAAAGCCGGCCUUAUCAAGCAUCCAAAUCUCAAAGACAAGGCACGGCAUGUCGGUAUCCGCUUAAAACUUCCUCGGCAAACACAUCACUUCCCCCUUGCGCAUGACGGACUUUUUGACUUGGC